UACUGUUCACAUAUGACUGUAGUAUCGAUGAUGAGUGAACUUUUAGUUCAUUGAAAUUGUUAGAUUCAGCGAAAUUCAGCAAUCUUUUUUGAAUUUUGAAUAUGUAGGUAUCAGGGUGGAGGCAUGUAGAAGUUGAACAAGAACGAUGUUGAUGAGUUGAUGCCCGUGUAAUAAAAUAUUUCAAGUUGCAAGGCAAGUGCUGAGACUUGAAUUUCAUGAUUUGCUCGUCAUGAAUAUAUGAAAUAGUGUUUAUCAUGGCUGGUGUUGUGCCGAAAAAAACAUCAUCUGGUCGCAAGCAGUGGACUCUACAUGGUGGUCCUUCUCUCAAAAGACUCAGAAAUCAACUGGCAUCUGAUGGUUGUCCAGAAUCCCAGGUGGUUUUGGCCAAGCAAUUAUUGCAUGAAGAUUGUGAAUGUGAUUCAGAAAGGAAAGAAAAUGCCCGAUUAGGAGUCUAUUGGUUGAUGAAAGCAUCAGAACAGGGUAAUAUAGAAGCAACAGAACUCUUGAAAACAUGCUUGCAAACAGGAAAGGGUAUAAACGAACUCAACUAUAUGGAUGUGAAAUCUUGCAUUUCCAUGACCCAGGAUGAAAAACUAGCCAGAAAGGCAGCUCAUGAAAUGUUUGCUAGUUUAUCAAAUGGAUGUGACUAUAUUACCUCGGAACAACUUCAGAGGAAAAUCUUAGAGAUAGAUCGAGGCGAUACAUAUUCAAAAUCCACAGAAACUGUUGAUUUUGAUAAUGAUCAUUUUGGAGAUGGUAAUGGUGAAUUGGUGAACGAGUAUGAAGAAACAAGCGAGCUCUCAGAGGAAGAAACAGACUGGUCCCAAAAGUCAGACAGCAGCAACGAGAAAUUAACAGAGGACAACCUUGUGACAGCUGCAGUAGAUUAUUCCCACGGUCACUUACCGGACGUCAACAGGAUAUUAUGUCUCUCUGACCCAAACUUGAGGGCAUUAGAUCACAUUCCAUUCGUGCACCGAUCCAUAUUGCACCCAUUUCUAGCUUUACGAAUACUUUAUUACAAACUGAUUAAGUUUUUGGGGCGUAAAACUUUACCGUUUCUGUAUCCUCUAGUCAAUUCGGAGUUCCACCUCAUAUUUUUAGUGAUAGUUUAUGUUUUGUGUAGCUCUGAUAAUUUUUUGUAUUGUUUGCCUAUGCUAGUCUAUUACGUGUCUUUUAUUAUUAUGGUGUGCACUACCUUUCAAAUGUUGCAAAAUCAAAGAGAGUUUCUCGACUUUCGCCUCUGGUCAGGGCUAUUCAUAUGCUAUUCUGGUGGUAAUUUGAAUAGAGAGGAAACUGAGCACCAGUAUAUUCGAAAUAAUAUGAAACCUUAUGGCCAAUUCUUUUUGAGUCUAUUAGUCAAUUUGAUGGUGUACCCCAUUAUUUCUGAGCAAUGGAUACCACAGUCGGAAUUAACAAUAAUAGCUUUUCUGCUAACAUUCAUGACUUUGCUUGGAUUUAUGCCUAAAAAUCGAUCAAAACUGGUGCUGGAUACGAUGGUACUAUUCAGUUUUGCUGUGAAUGUUUUGGCAAAAUAUCCCUAUGAAACUGAUCCGGUUGUGACUCAAGGAUGGCGAUUCUUGGAACUAAAAGUUCCUACUUUUCCUAGCUACAUAAUUGGCAAUGGAAUCGAGUUUUGUAUCAGUUUCAGAUUCAUCUUGUAUGCUUGUAUCCCGCUAAUAUUUUUGAGAAUUGCUCACAAACAAAACUGGAAGGGAACUUAUAAAAUGUUGAUUCCCCAUUGUGUGACCUUGAGUUGGCUCCAAAUUUGCAUCAUCAGCUCUCAAGGAGCUACAAUGUUCGGUUUCCUGAGAGGAACUCUAGCUUUAGUUGGAGUAGUGCUUUUCUUGCCUCUAGUAGGCAUCACUAGUGUUAUUCUCCCGGUAAUCGCUGUUACAAAAUGGAUGAUAACCUCAAAUAUAUUAUACACAAUUUGCGUAUUCGCCAUUCUCAGCACAUUAGGCUUGAGUAUUUGUUAUAUCUGUGCCCAAACUCGCUACAAAAAGUACACUGCUGUCAUACAAAUAGUGUUGAUGAUAUUUGCAUUUUUUGUUCUCAUCAGUUCAUCUACAAGAGAACAAAUAGAUGUUUAUUACGAGGAGAGAAAAUCUCAACAAAUCAUGACUUGGGAGGUGUUCCAGAGAUUUUGCCAUCAGCCUGUGUGGCAGGAGGAAAAUAUUGCUUUGUCUCAAAUAAAGUGCGCGAAUUUGGAAGGCGUUCGAAUCCAAUGGAAUGGUUACAUAACUGACAUCAAGGUUAAAUCAGUAACAAAUACUUAUAAACACAUUUUCGAUAAAUUCCCGAGGGGGUUAUCUAGAUAUUUGUAUUGUUUUUACGGCGAAGAAACGAAAGCAGACUGCGACCAUAUUCCGGAAAUGGUCAAAGAAGACUGUCUAUCCUUUUAUGAUACAAUAAGCUCAACAAACAAAUGCUCCUUGCAUAAAUUCAACAAAUAUACAUUUGAAAUAAACCUGAAAAUGCACUCGGGUAUCUGGGGCAAAGCUACCGAAGUAAGUGUGAUAGUUAAUGAUUAUUUCAAAGAAUAUCUGCUGAAGCUAAAACCAACUGAUCACAUCUGGUUCAAAGGCAUUUUAUUCAAUAAUGAGGGUGUGGGCGCAGAUGGAAUUUUAGGAGGUCUCAGACCACAUGUUGAUCUAGAAGAAAUAGGCUGUGCAUCAUGUCAAGAUAGUAGUAUUAAUGAAAUCAAACUGAAUCCUGAAACCAGGUUUGAUUUGAGUAGUAUGCUGGACUCUCUGUAUCUAGGCUUUAAGUUUAUUGUAAAUGUUCUGUUCAGUCCAUUGCUGGUAUUGAAAUAAUGUAUUAUAUUUUCUCCUGUAGGGGUUCACUGUAUUAACUGCUCAUCAGUUCAGUCUGGUGUUUGAACUCGUUGAAAGAAAUGAAACACCAUCUGAGUAAAUAUACCUCAUUAUUUGG